CCUCGCGCUGAUUCGACAUCUGCCCAGCUCCUGCAUGGCGUCUCCUCCUUUGCCAGCGCCUUCUGCCCCUCGUCGACAUGGCCGCUUCGACACCGGCGCUUGCCCGGCACCAGGCCCGCCCCAGGGUCGCCCGGGUGGGACCUAUGUAUAUGCUCUGCCGUCCCGGGCCCCAGGAACUUGGGUCAAGAAUAAUGGCCUUUGAGCUGUCUUCUCGUCCGGCCUUUUCUGCACUACAUACCCGUCUACCCGCAGCGACACAAAGACUCCCAGACGGCAGAGCAGGAGCUAUGCGGUAGUCAAAGUACGGUCUCACACGACGAUCGAUCGAGGCCACUCUUGAACAGUAUUCACUGUCCACAAAUCAGCCCGAGGCUCGUCGCCACGAACCCAGCAGGGCUCGCCUUUAUACAGCCAUGGCCAAUCCUGCGGGACCCUCUGGAGGGUUCUCGCUGUUCCCCAACACCAGCGGCGUCAAGCCUCCUUCAAGGAAGACCACACCGGUUGGGCGCCCAAAGACCCCUCCGGGCGAGCCUGGAGGACGCGGCUUCUCUUUCGAGCAGUCCCCGCAACGCAACGGACGGAGCGGGAGGAGGACACCAGAGGACGGCAACUUGUCGCAAUUUGUGAUUGAUGGAUCACCAUCCGCAGCAGACCAUGCUCAGCCGUCCAGGCAUCCCAUAGAGCCAAGUCAAGGCGAGAGCUCGGCGUCACGACCAGCAGCUCUGCCAGAAUAUCCGCCACGGUCCGAGACGGCCUUCUCUGGAGCUACGUUGGUCCGCUCCGGAAGCAAUCGCUCCAGGAGCUCCAUCGCAAAACGCCCGCUAGAGCCAGAGGAUCCGUCGUCAUCGUCAUCACCGCAACAACAGGACACGGGCCUUCGCUCAAUCUUCCCCCAAUACGACCACACCGUACCGAUGGACCGCCAGGAGUAUUUCCCCACACAAGUCAGCCCACGUCACAUCCCACGAACCGUCAUCAGUAGGCAGGAGAACUUGCCCCCAGCCGAAGUGAGGGCCCAGAGCCCGCCAGUCGCCAGCCCACUCAGAAGUCCCCUCAGCAUGGACUCUACACGCAGGUGGCCUCGCAGGAACCAAGAACCUCCUGUGAUCCCUCCGGUCAGCAGGACCGAGCAGCUUCGUGACUACUGGAAAGCCGCGAACGGCUGGAAAGCUUCACAGAUGGAAGGCAGGACGUAUUGUCUCAAGUUGACGCCUGAGAAGGACACGCCUAUCUACACGCUCUCGUCGACUACCCAGCCACUCUACCAUCUCAAGAUAGACCCGACAUCGGCUUCAGCUUAUGUGUCGCUCAAGAGGCAUGAUCCAUCGAGGCCGUGCAAAGAACAAGACCCCACUGCAGUGGUCAAGCCAGCUACAGGCAUACUCGGUGCUAUCCGGGACGCUGAGUCACGGCCUGCCUGGCAGGAAGCCAUCAACACUACUCUAGAGGAGCCUUCGCGACGCCUGCCUCCGAACGAUGGCCUGGUCGCACUGCUGUACCCUUGCGCUGCAACCAAGGUGGCGCUUGACAGACCAGACGACAUUCAAGCAGUCGCAGCUGCGGAACGUGAAUGUGCGAGGCUUGUGUGGGACGACGAUAGCAAGAACUACUAUCUCGUCCAUCCAGCCCUGGCUACACCAUUCUGCAUCACCAUCGAGCAUAAUCCGGCGUGGUCUCGCACAGAGUACACACUAGAGCAUAUCGAAUCUCCACAGCAUCUUGCCAAGCUCACCCGCGAGGGCACCGGAGAUGGCUACAUGGAGUUGGACACGCUUGUGGCUGGCCAUAUCGAGGCGUACUACGUGCUAGACGUUGCCGUGUGUGCUCUCAUGCUUGUCGCGAACCUGGACGAGAAGAACGUCCUGGUCGAGUCAUUUGAGCCACCUCCACCACCGGCGGUCUAUCUUGGCGAUCACGAGCGUCGCAGCAGCAGUCGCCUGAGCCAUUUCCUGGCUGGCUCCGCUAGUGUUACCGGUCGCCAGACCCCAGAGAGCCACAGCAAUAAAAAGAAGACCAAGAAGAGCAAGACUCGUGCGAGGAUGGAAGAGCUGGAGCUCGACCUCGAGAGCCAGACCAGCAGCGUAGCUGGUGGCAAGUUUGAGGUCAAGGAUAAACACAAGCUUCCCAGCACGACCCGCACGGUCAUCAAGCUGAUUGGCAUCAUCUUCAAGCUCAUCAUCUGGAUACUUACGGUCCUCUUCAAGGCAGUCUCGGCGAUUGUCGUGGGCCUGAGUAAAUGUAUCACGAGUGAUAAGCUGUAGGAACAGAGUGGUGUCUCAAUCUGGCUUGGGAAGAUUUGAUGAAGACAAUAGCGAUGAAUGGUUUCGUACAAGCGCGGGCGUGCACAUAGCGAAUUCAGGUUUAAUGGGCAGCAUUUCAAUAUUUCGCUCAUAUUUAUGCUGGGUAAUUUCUCUGUACAUAUAGUCAAAUCUUAUCUUGUCCACUCGGAAU